GAUCCACUUUGUGUAGCUAUGAACUACAGCCAUCAGAAUACACUACAGACCCAAGGGCCGCUAAGUUAUGUCCUAAAUAUCCUGUUCCUGAGAGUGCACCUAUUCCAUUCUUCCAUCGCUGUGCUCCUGUGAACAUUUCCUGCUAUGCCAAGUUUGCAGAGGCCCUGAUCACCUUUGUCAGUGACAGUAGUGUCUUACACAGGCUGAUUAGUGGAGUUAUGACCAGCAAAGAGAUUAUAAUGGGACUUUGCUUGUUAUCACUAGUGUUGUCCAUGAUUUUGAUGGUUAUAAUCAGGUACAUUUCAAGAGUACUUGUCUGGAUUUUAACAAUUCUUGUCAUUCUGGGAUCACUUGGUGGCACAGGAGUCCUGUGGUGGCUCUAUGCUAAGCAACGAGUAUCUGCCAGUGCUGUUGAGACUCAAAUAGCCAAAGACAAUCUUCAGGCUCUCCUGAUCUAUGCCAUUUCAGCUACAGUCUUCACGGUCAUCUUGUUCUUGAUAAUGUUAAUUAUGCGCAAGCGAGUAGCCCUCACCAUUGCCCUGUUCCAUGUGGCCGGCAAGGUCUUCAUUCACCUGCCACUGCUAGUCUUCCAGCCAUUUUGGACAUUCUUUGUGCUUAUCAUCUUCUGGACAUACUGGAUCACAGUCCUGCUUUUCCUUGGUACUACAGGUACUCCUGUCCCAAACGAAGAAGGAUUUGUUGAAUUUCGGAUGGUAGGUCCUUUGAAAUACAUGUGGUGGUACCAUGUAGUGGGCCUCAUCUGGAUCAGCGAGUUUAUCCUAGCCUGUCAGCAGAUGACUGUAGCAGGGGCUGUUGUGACAUACUAUUUUACAAGGGAGAAAAGGAAUCUGCCAUUUACUCCUAUUCUGGCAUCUAUUAAUCGCCUUGUUUGUUACCACCUAGGAACAGUAGCAAAAGGGUCUUUCAUCAUCACACUAGUGAAGAUACCACGAAUGAUUCUUAUGUAUAUUCAUACACAACUCAAAGGAAAAGAAAAUGCUUGUGCUCGCUGUAUGCUUAAAGCCUGCAUCUGCUGCCUUUGGUGUCUAGAGAAGUGCCUGACCUACUUAAAUCAG